AUGCCGAAGUCGGUGACUCUCAAGGCAGCCCUAAAGGAGGGUUUACGUAGUCGGGGCUUAGACGGGUGCCGGGCGCUCCAAAAAGACGCUCCUGCGUCGCCUCCGGAAGAGCGUAGGUCAGGCUACGACGUCGUGCCAGCGGCCACCGAGAGUUCAAGGACGCCUCGAUGCGAGCGACGCCGGGGGGUGCCAAAAGUUAUACAUAGCCGAACUGGCCCGACUUCCCGACGGAGUGAACCUGCACUGGCGCUGCGCGACAGCCCACGGACCGUAGCCCCGGCGGCUCUGCCGGGCUAUGGGGCGCGGAAAGCUAUUUAUGUAUUUGAUACCAACAGGGAGGAAGAAAGCAACGCAAAAGGAGGAGUAUGGAAGAUGAAAGUACCAAAAGAAAGCACAUCUGCAGUUUGGAAAGAGUUGUUACUUGCUACUAUCGGGGAGCAGUUUGCAGAUUACUGUGCCUCAGACGAUGAGGUUGUCGGUGUCAGUGUUAGCGUUCGGGACCGGGAAGAUAUUGUACAGAUCUGGAAUAGCGAUGCAUCUCUUGCUGACGAAGCAAAUAUCUUGGGGAAAGUCUAUGAGCUCCUCCCGUACAUUCCUUUUAAAGCUGUUUUUUAUAAGCGUAAGUAUUCCCCUUUUUUCCCCCUUGCACGUAACGCAGCAUUUAGAUUUAGCAACGGAGCUUACACUUUAAAAUUGCUCUUGUCAGAAACUAACAUCAGUCAAGUCAGACAGCUUUUCUUUUUUUUUAACGGUGCUCUGGAAUGAAUUAUGCACGUUUGCAGGAGAUUCUUAUUAAAGCAUGCCAGAGGAUGAUUUAAGGAGCGGACAUAGCUGUAGGCUAAACAGGAAUGUAUUGAUGUUGCAGAGAAAUGCCCCCUAAUGUAUGCUUCCAUACCUGCUCCACAUAGCAUAUGCACAUAGUCCUGUCACUACAUGUCAAAUACCUAAUCCCAAAUGUAUAAUGAGCUGUACAGUUAUUAGAAUCAACUGCAACUGGUACACAAGCAGAGCAUGUUAUUUAAGACCAUAAUACUAGUCUUUUAAACUAUGAAUGUGCUGAUAGGCAAGUGAAAAAGAAUAUCUGGUUACCCUAGCCUCUCCUGUCUUUAAAGAAGCCCUACUAUGCUUUUUGGGGUGUUUAUAUAGUGCAUGUAAAUGGUCUGCAAAGGCUACAAUCCCAAAGUUCCCUCUUUUUAAUGAGAAAAAACAACUCAAGAUUAUCUUAAAGCUCCUUUACUGUUUUUAUUUUCAACAGU